AUACUGUCUUUAGAUCCUAGAUCAAUAAUUUAAUAAAUAAAGUGUCAAAGGAAAUUAAGAGACAACGAAGAAAGUAGAAAUAUUCUUUUUUAGUUUAAAAGAAGUGAGAAGAAUCUAACUGAUUUAGGUUAAGAAUUCCCAUACUUAAUUACAAUACUCAUAUGAGAAUGAGCAAUUAAAAAUUCAUCAAUAUUUAGUUAGCUUCUCUCAUAGUUUUCAAUUGUUCCAUAAUGGCUCUGAACACUUCUGAAAUUCUUUUCCUAAUUACCGGAGUCCUUUGUGGACUUGUUUUGGUUCUUGGAGCAAUUUACGCUUAUAUUUACUAUUACAAAAUACGUCCCAGGAAGAAUACUAGCUCCGAGGCGGUAAUUGGUCGUGUAGGAGAUAGAAAUGGUAGAACAUCGAACGUGAGUAAUAUUUCAAAGGAUACCAUUAAUGUUUUCCCUUUUUUGGGAAAACUUAAGAUCAAGCGUUCCAAAUAAGACUAAAUUUUUCAAGAAAUAUAAGAAGAUACCUCUCUACAUGAAUAGAAUAGUCGCUUAAAAAAUUAAUUAGCAUAAAUUGCUCUUUGAAUGUAAGAAAUGUUUACGUUUCUUUUUUUAAAUAUUCUGUUCAAAAGUGCUUCCUUCUCCUUAACAAUGUAGAUUGCUUCUUAAAAGGAAAAAAGUUCUCUGAAUCUCAUGAAAAAUCCAACAGUUUUUUCCAAUGCAUACUUUGUCUAAUCAAUUGCAAAUUAAUAAAGUUCUUUUAAUAGAAUACACCAUUGUUUUAAAAAAAACUCAUUUUCAGUUAUUUUAUUCUUUAGCGAAGUUAUUUAAGUUUUAACUAGACGACAUCUAGUGCAUAAAUGAGUUUUAUGAUUCAUACUACAUCCAAAAUGGCGGAUCAGUGUGAUGACGACGAUCAAUUAACAGAAGAUGCUAUAUUACAUGCUGCAAUAACAUUUGAUGAUGAAGUAAAGGAUGCUAUCCAACAGGUUAUUCCAGUUUUUGAUUCUUUGGACAAACCAGAUUUUAAUGCUGUAGAGUAUAUAAAUACGCUAUUCCCCAGUGAGCAAUCUCUGGUUAACAUUGAUGAUGUUAUCCACCAAGAACAGCGAAAACUCAAGAAACUUGACAUUGAAAUCUUAGGCGUUGUUAGGAGUGAUGUAAAUGGAGCUGAGCGUGGCAAAGAAACCUUAUUUGAAGCUCAACGAACAAUUAGGGAACUUUUUACUAAAAUUGCUGAUAUAAAAGGGAAAGCUGAAAAAAGUGAGAGAAUGGUAAAAGAAAUAACAAGAGAUAUCAAACAAUUAGACAAUGCAAAAAGGCAUUUAACCAUAGCAAUAACUGUUUUAAACCAUGUAAGAAUGCUCGUAGAAGGUGUUGACCAAUUGUCUCAUCUAACUCAAAGAAGAGAAUACAAAGAAGCAGCAAAACUUCUUCAAGGUGUAAUUCAUGUUUUCGAACAUUUACAACGUUACAUGGACAUUCCACAAAUUAGCGAACUUGCUAAACGAGAGGAUUCCAUUAAGACGCAAUUAGCUUUACAAAUAAGAGAAGAUUUUGAGAGGGCUUUUAAGGGACCAGCUUCUAAACUAUUACAACAACAACAACUCAUUAUGGAAGCUUGUAAAAUAUUAGACGUUCUUGACCAAAAAGUAAAAUCUGAUAUUCUAUCUUGGUUUGUAAAAUUACAAUUAGAGGAAUACGCGAUACUAUUCUCAGAGGAACAAGAUGAUGCUUGGCUAGAUAAAAUUGACAAAAGAUAUACGUGGAUAAAACGUAAACUUGUCGAUUUUGAAGAUAAAUUAGGGAAAUGGUUUCCGAUUCAUUGGUAUGUCGGAGAACGCAUGUGUGUAGAAUUUUGUAAUCAGACUAGAAGAGAACUAUCGAAAAUUAUGAGCAGGAGGGUAAAUGAUAUUGAUAUGAAAUUAUUGCUGUUUGCUGUUCAGAGAACUUCUGUUUUUGAACAAUUGUGUGCUAAACGUUAUCCUGGAAGUACUAUUGUAACAGCUGCGGCUGCAACUGGUAUAACAUCGCCCUUGUCACCUACGAAUCCAUUCUUGGAUCCUGAAGAAGAACCAGCUGCUUCCACAGUUCCCACGCCAAGAACAUCUACUCAUCCUUUUAUUGGUGUUAUAUCCCGCUGCUUUGAACCUCAUUUAAAUAUUUAUAUAGAGUAUCAGAAUAAGAGUCUUUCAGAAUUAAUUGACCGAUUCGUAUCGGAUUUAAAAGCUCAAAGUCAACGGAAAGCUACCGACGAAUCUUCAAAUAUAUUGCCAAGUUGCGCCGACUUAUUCGUCUAUUAUAAACAAUGUAUGCAGCAAUGUUCUCAGUUGUCAAAUGGCGAACCGAUGCUUCAAUUAGCUCUAACAUUUGGAAAAUAUUUAAAAGAAUACGCUUACAAAGUUUUAAUGACAAAUUUACCAAGUAAUAGCGGAAAGAGUAACACCAGCACAGCAAGUCUUCUGCAAUCAAUUCUAAAAGAGGGUGAAUCAUGGAAUAAAUUAACAGAAUAUGAACAGUGGAAAACUUGCUCCCUGCUAUGCACAGCAGAGUAUUGUUUGGAAACAACCCAGCAAUUGGAAUCAAAGUUGAAAGAGAAAAUUGAUCCAAACCUGAAUGAAAAAGUUCAGUUUGGUCAAGAAAUAGAUGCUUUUCAUUCGGUCAUUAAAUGCGCCAUUGAAAUACUUGUACACGAUGUUGAAAAUGUCUGCGAGCCAGCUUUAACUGCUAUGACAAAACUGCAAUGGUUUAACGUAGAAUCUGUUGGGGAUCAGUCAGCCUAUAUAACUUCCAUAUGUAACCAUUUGAAAAACAAUGUGCCAAUUAUCAGGGAGAAUUUAUCAGCUUCUAGGAAAUAUUUUACGCAAUUCUGUAUUAAGCUGGUUUCGUCGUUCACCCCACGUUUUAUUGGUUCUAUGUUGAAAUGCAAGCCUAUCAGUGAAAUCGGAGCUGAACAGCUGCUGUUAGAUACGCAUUCUUUGAAAACGCUACUAUUGGAUUUACCGUCGAUUGGAAGUCAGGUGGCAAGAAAGGCACCCUCUAGCUAUACAAGAAUAGUCUUGAAGGGAAUGUUUAAAGCCGAAAUGAUUCUAAAGUUAAUCAUGGCACCUCACACUUCAAAUAGUUCUUUUGUCGACAAUUACGCUAAAUUUUUACCAGAAAGUGACGUACAAGAAUUACAUAAAGUUCUCGAUAUGAAGGGUAUUAAGAGAGCUGACCAGGCGGCCAUAGUAGAAAUUUAUAAAUCACGCAAUCCUACAGCUGCCACCGUUCAACCAGUUAGACCUACUAAUCAUAAUUCUGGACAAGAAUCCAGCAGAAUAAAAAGACUGGAGAAAUUAAUAAAUAAAAUAACAGUUGUUAAUUAA